AUGACCACCAACAGCUCCGGCUUCCACCGACAAUGCGAAAUCUGUGUCACACCAAACACGGUCGAGCACUUCUUGUGUACCUGCCCAGUUUACGAGGCCCUCCGUCAGAUGCACCAGGUGACAGACGUCCCCAGGUCACUGGCCAACGACAAAGUCAACGAGCGCCAAGUAAUCAACUACCUCAAGGAAGCUGUCGGGGCGCCGUCCAACCGGAAGCCGGAAGGGGACCGGCAUGGACGGGCCGACCUCGGCGUUGUAGGGAAGAAACCGGCGAUACGGAGCAUACCCUCCGGCAGUCGGGGCGCCGUCCAACCGGAAGCCGGCAGGGGACCGGCAUGGACGGGUCGACCUCGGCGCCGGCAGGACGAUGGAAGCAGCAGAAACCGAAAUCCAAAAACUACCGGGAACGGUGGGCACCUCGGACCUCUCGGGUCCCCGGGAUCCGAGCGAACCCCCGGUGGGCCCCCUGGGCCCCUCGGGCUUCCCUGGGACCCAAGUGACAAGUCGUACCACAAAACGAUCCUCCAAACCACCACGAACCACCGGUGGGCAGAGCCCCACCACCACGGACCCACCAAACCACAAAACCAUCAAUACCCCGGACCCCCCGGCCUCGCCGGGACCACAUCGACCCUCAAGGUCAUUGAACCCGGUCGUGGGCACCUCGGCCCUCUCGGAUUCCCCGGGACCCGAGUGGUAAGCCCCACCCCAAGCGACCCCCACCAACACGCCCACAACCACGACCAGCCUGGUCGGAAGAGCCCGCACCUCGGACCCCCGUUUCCGGAACCCGAGCGGUAA